AUGAGUUUAAUAAAUUCCAAAUCAAGGGAAAGCUUGAAGCGGGACCGUGAGUUGGAUGAAGCCCGGAGGGCUGGUACUGUUCCCGCCCUCAAGGAUGAGUUAGGGAAUGAUAUAAACCCUCAUAUCCCUCAAUAUAUUUCUAAAGCUCCUUGGUAUUUAGAUCAGGGUGAACCAAGUUUACGCCAUCAGCGGGUUAAUGAGGUUCAAAAGGCUCCAAUAGAUUACGUAACACUCAGAGGUGUUACGAACAAGGUCGCAGUUAAGUUUAGGAAGGGCGCUUGUGAAAAUUGUGGCGCCAUGACUCACGACGCUAAGAGCUGUGUCGAGCGUCCACGUAAAAAAGGAGCAAAAUUCACUAAUGAGAACAUUUGCCCAGAUGAAUAUAUUGUUGAAAACACUGAUAAGGGAUAUGACGCAACUCGGGAUCGUUGGUCUGGUUUCGACCCUUCAAGUCACCUUCAGCUAGUUGAGGAAUUCAGAGAUCUUGAACAAGAACGGGCUCUAAACAAAAUCAUGAACACUUCUAAAGAUGACCAAUCAUCUGAUGAAGAAUCCAAAGAACACAGUGUGAAGAAUGAGACGUUUGAUUGUAAAGAUGAUAAGACGCGGACUACCACUAGGAAUUUGAGAAUUCGAGAGGACACGGCUAAAUACCUUAUCAAUCUUGAUGUUAAUUCUGCCUUUUAUGACCCUAAAUCAAGAUCAAUGCGCGAAGACCCGCUACUUGGUGUAAAUACCUGUUUUAAAGGUGACAACUAUUAUUUCAACUCCGAAGAAACCUAUAAACCCAAAGAACUCGAAGUGUUUGCUUGGGAGAGUAAGAGUAAGGGGGUGGAUGUAGAUUUUAUCGCAAAUCCGACAAAGUUGGAGAAGUUAUUCAAUGAAACGAAGGAACGGAAAGAGAAGGAGACAUUGGAAAGUAAACAGAAGUUAAUUGAACGUUUCAAAGCCUCUGAAUAUGUAAACAACUAUGAAGAACUCAAACCCCUAUCCACCGUUACAAAAGAAGAUAUUAUUACCUUCAAAGAAUCGGAAUAUGAGUUUGAUGAGGCGAAGAUGUUGGGACAUUCUCAGAUUUGGGGUUCAUUUUAUGAUGUUGAAAAGGGACUUUGGGGCUAUAAAUGCUGUAAAAGUACUAACCGCUCCCAACGCUGUAAUAUUUAA